AUGAAGUACGUUCUGGUUUCUGGCGGUGUGAUCUCUGGUGUGGGAAAGGGCAUUAUUGCCUCGAGCUGUGGUUUGCUUUUUAAGACGGCGGGGUUGACGGUCUCCACGAUCAAGAUUGAUCCUUACCUUAAUAUAGAUGCUGGUCUUAUGAACCCUCUCGAACACGGUGAAGUUUUUGUUUGUGACGAUGGUGCCGAAACCGACUUGGAUCUUGGAAACUAUGAACGCUAUCUUGGAGUGACACUCGGAGGAGACAAUAACAUUACUACUGGCAAGAUUUACCACCACGUUAUCAACAAGGAACGUCGUGGCGAUUAUCUGGGGAAAACAGUCCAAAUCGUGCCUCAUCUUACCAACGAGAUUCAAAAUUGGGUUGAACGAGUGGCUAAGAUUGCGGUGGAUGAGUCUGGACGGGAGCCUGAUCUCGGUGGUACCGUUGGAGACAUCGAGAGUGCACCCUUCGUCGAGGCCAUGUCGCAGCUUCAGCGAAGAGCAGGGAAGGGCAAUUUCCUUGUGAUCCAAGUCAGCUAUGUGCCAUUGAUCGGCUCGGAGCAAAAGACCAAGCCCACCCAAAGAGCCAUUAGCGACAUCCGCAGUGCUGGUCUUAGACCAGACUUGAUUGCCUGUCGUUGUGAGACUCCUCUCGAGGAGGCCACGAUUCAAAAAGUCGCCAACGCCUGCCAAGUGGAGCGGGAUCAGGUCGUUGGAGUUCACAACGUGCCCACAACUUACCAAGUUCCCAUCCUCCUGGAGAAGCAAGGAUUCCUGAACACCAUCAGCAGUCUUCUCCAGAUCGAUACUAUCAAGAAGGACCAGAAGCUUGUCGACCAAGGCACGGUUAUCUGGCAAGAAUGGCAGGGUCUGGCUCUCAGCCAAGAUCAUGUCUUUGAGACAGUGACGAUCGCCCUGGUCGGCAAGUACACCAGUCUGCAUGAUUCCUACAUGAGCGUGAGCAAGGCGCUGGAACACGUGAGUAGACCCAAAGAUGAACAUAGAACCAGCAAACCUGGCGAAUACUACACUGCAUGGCAUCACAUUACAACCGCCAACGGAAUCCUUGUACCGGGUGGCUUCGGUGAACGAGGCACAGAAGGAAUGAUUAAGAGUGCCCAAUGGGCCCGAUCAAACAACAUCCCCUACCUCGGUAUCUGUCUGGGCAUGCAACUGGCCGUUGUCGAGUUUGCCCGGAACGUAUGCGGGAUGGACAAAGCCGGCAGCUCCGAGUUCAACGAGCAAUGCGAACAGCCCGUGAUCGUAUACAUGCCUGAAAUCGACAAGAGCAAACUGGGCGGCACGAUGCGUCUUGGCAAACGCGCCACCAUCUUCCAGCCUGGCUCUGAAUGGUCCCGUCUACGAAAUCUGUACGGCGAGAAGCAGGAAGUCUGGGAGAGACAUCGUCACCGAUACGAGGUCAACCCGGCACUUAUUGAGAAGUUAGAGACCGCGGGUCUAUCGUUCAUCGGUAAGGACGAGGCCGGUGAGAGAAUGGAGAUCAUCGAAUUGAAGGAUCACAAAUGGUUCGUUGGAGUACAGUUCCAUCCCGAGUAUCUCAGCCGUGUACUGGCGCCCAGCAAGACCUUCCUUGGUUUCUUCGCUGCCGCGGCUGGCUGUCUUGAACCCAUCACACAAGUCUUCAGGGAUCGUCAAGACCUCAGCCACCAGGAGGUGAAGCUGCCUGUGGUUUAG